UGGCAGCCCAGACAGCUAAAGGACAAGGCUGACUUCUGCAUCAUCCACUACGCUGGCAAGGUGGACUACAAGGCAGAUGAGUGGCUGAUGAAGAACAUGGACCCCCUGAAUGACAACGUGGCCACGCUGCUCAACCAGUCCACUGACAAGUUUGUGUCGGAGCUCUGGAAAGAUGUGGACCGCAUCGUGGGCCUGGACCAGGUGGCGGGCAUGGCGGAGACGACGUUCGGCGCCACCUACAAGACCAAGAAGGGCAUGUUCCGCACGGUGGGCCAGCUCUACAAGGAGUCCCUCACCAAGCUCAUGGCCACCUUGAGGAACACCAACCCCAACUUCGUCCGCUGUAUUAUCCCCAACCACGAGAAGAAGGCUGGUAAGCUGGAGCCCCAUCUGGUUCUGGACCAGCUGAGGUGUAAUGGAGUUCUGGAGGGGAUCCGUAUCUGCAGACAGGGCUUCCCCAACCGCAUCGUCUUCCAGGAGUUCAGACAGAGGUACGAGAUCCUGACCCCUAAUGCCAUCCCCAAGGGCUUCAUGGACGGGAAACAGGCCUGCGAGAGGAUGAUCCGAGCGUUGGAACUGGACCCCAACCUGUUCCGUAUCGGCCAGAGUAAGAUCUUCUUCAGGACCGGAGUCCUGGCCCACCUGGAGGAGGAGAGAGACCUGAAGAUCACUGACAUCAUCAUCUACUUCCAGUCUGUCUGCCGCGGCUACCUGGCACGCAAGGCAUUUGCUAAGAAGCAGCAGCAGCUGAGUGCUCUGAAGGUCCUCCAGAGGAACUGUGCUGCCUACCUCAAGCUGCGCCACUGGCAGUGGUGGAGACUCUUCACCAAGGUGAAACCUCUGCUCCAGGUGACCCGGCAGGAGGAGGAGAUGCAGACCAAAGACGAGGAGCUGGUCAAGGUGAAGGAGAGACAGAGCAAGGUGGAGGGAGAGCUGGUGGAGAUGGAGAGGAAACACCAACAGCUCCUAGAGGAGAAGAACAUCCUUGCAGAGCAGUUGCAGGCGGAGACGGAGCUGUUUGCCGAGGCGGAGGAGAUGAGGGCCCGCCUGGCCGCUAAGAAGCAGGAGCUGGAGGAGAUCCUCCACGACCUGGAGUCCAGAGUGGAGGAGGAGGAGGAGAGGAACCAGAGCAUGCAGAACGAGAAGAAGAAGAUGCAGUCCCACAUCCAGGAUCUAGAGGAGCAGUUAGAUGAAGAGGAGGCAGCCAGGCAGAAGCUGCAGCUGGAGAAGGUGACUGCCGAGGCCAAGAUCAAGAAGAUGGAGGAGGACAUUCUACUGCUGGAGGACCAGAACUCCAAGUUCCUCAAGGAGAAGAAGCUGCUGGACGACCGUGUGGCCGAGAUGACCUCCCAGCUGACAGAGGAGGAGGAGAAGGCCAAGAACCUGGGCAAGGUCAAGAACAAGCAGGAGGUGAUGAUGGUUGACCUGGAAGAGCGCCUGAAGAAGGAGGAGAAGACUCGCCAGGAGCUGGAGAAGGCCAAGAGGAAGCUAGACGCUGAGACCACGGACCUCCAGGACCAGAUAGCUGAGCUACAGGCCCAGAUAGAGGAGCUCAAGAUCCAGCUGGCCAAGAAGGAGGAAGAGCUACAGGCCGCUCUGUCCAG